CGCGGAUCUCCGCGGGAGGAAGUUACUGCGGUGGGACGGGACAGGACUUUCUUAGGGAACACCUGAAGUGCAGAAGCCCCGUCGCCAGGCCUCAAGCCUAGCUAUUGAGAAGAUGGUGGACCACUUGGCAAACACAGAGAUCAACAGCCAGCGGAUCGCAGCAGUGGAGAGCUGUUUCGGGGCGUCGGGGCAGCCGCUGGCCCUGCCGGGCCGUGUGCUCCUGGGCGAGGGUGUGCUGACCAAGGAGUGCCGCAAGAAGGCCAAGCCACGCAUCUUCUUCCUCUUCAAUGACAUCCUGGUGUACGGCAGUAUUGUGCUUAGCAAACGCAAGUACCGCAGCCAGCAUAUUAUCCCCCUGGAAGAGGUAACAUUGGAGACGCUGCCAGAGACCCUGCAGGCCAAGAACCGCUGGAUGAUCAAGACAGCCAAGAAGUCCUUUGUGGUGUCGGCGGCCUCCACCACGGAGCGCCAGGAGUGGAUCAGCCACAUCGAAGAGUGUGUACGGAGGCAGCUGUUGGCCACGGGCCGCCAGCCCACCACUGAGCACGCAGCGCCAUGGAUCCCUGACAAGGCCACGGACAUCUGCAUGCGUUGCACACAGACACGCUUCUCGGCACUCACCCGGCGUCACCACUGCCGCAAAUGUGGGUUUGUGGUAUGUGCUGAGUGUUCCAAGGAGCGUUUCCUGCUGCCGCGUCUCUCCCCGAAACCCCUCCGUGUCUGCAGCCUCUGCUACCGAGAGCUAGCUGCGCAGAAGCGGAGCGAGGAGGCCAAAGAGAGGUACGGGGACUCUCCAGGACAGCCAACCCACCUAGGCGGCGCCGUCUGCGGGGCGUCCAGUGGCGAUGACGAUGACUCCGAUGAGGACAGAGAAGGUGACUGGCCCAGCCAGGUGGAGUUCUACGCUUCUGGUGUCUCCUGGUCAGCCUUCCACAGUUGACCCUCACCUUCAGUGUCUGCAUCAAGCCAGUCCACUGCCCAGGGCUCCAAGAGUGCAGGUCCUGAACUCUGACUUUUGCUGGGACCCCUGCCCAUGGUAGUAGAGGGCAUGUGACAGGUGGCUGUUCCGGAGCCAUUACCAGUGCCUUUCUGCUAGCCAGCAACCUCCUACCCUCUUCUACUUCUGGUCAGAUAAGGCCCAGAAUAAUGGAGCCCUUGGUGACCAGGCUACAGCUACAGCCCUUGGGGUUAGACCAGGCCAGGUGUCCCAAGCAUUAAAAGACCACGGUUGAAGAGAGCAAAGGGAAGACCAAACCAGAGCUGGGGUCCACUCCACUCUGAAGCUUGAGCUUCAGACCCCAUUCCCACCUCUGCCUCUUAACACACACAGCCAUGCCAGAGCAGGAGGUCUGUACACUUUCCACCAUGCGGAUAGCACCACCUGGCCACCAGGUCCUGCCAAGAUAGACCCCAGAUGCACUGUGUGUGUGCCCUCUGGGCCGAGGUGAGCUGCACCCUGAGCUUCCCCCAACCCAGGGCCACCCAUCAAGGUCUCAUCUGGUGCCUGUUUGUCCUGCCCCCAUCUCUAUCUGCAGUCAGUAGAAGUGAUGUCUUUCCUUAGGACUCUGGUUUCAAGGACAGAAACCCUAUCCAGACUGACUCACCAAUAAAAAACAAAAAAAGCCAAACAAACAAAUCUUGAUUGCUAAUUCUAAGAGUACCCAAGCUUCAGACGCUGCUCAACCGAGGGACUAGGGACAACCAUCACUGAUACUGACACACUGGGCAUCCCUGGAAAUGCCUCCCACCCAGUGAGACAUUCAUGCCACACUGUGUCUGGCUGCCCAAGAACAAAGCCCCAUUCUGUUAUUCUGAUAGCCAGCCUGCCUGCCUGCCUUCCUUUUCUUUUGAGACAGGGACUUGCUAUGUAGGGCUGAUUCAAACUUGAGAUCCUCUGGCCUCAGC